GUCUGUUUGCAUUCUUGCGAACGUGGAUGCACCGCAUUGCUUAAUGCUGGGUUACGAUGCGAAUGGCCUUCCCAUUUCUUCACCGUCGGAUGGGUAUCACACACGUAAUGGAACCAAUGGAGUCAAGUUUGUCCAACGAACUCCAUAUUCUGAAUUUAUCCAUUCCACACUCCAUGAAGUGAAGAACUUGUUUAGUACUAUGAGAAUGCCUGCCGAAUCUUGUCUCGAAUAUAUUGAAGAUCGCCUGAGGGUGUUGUAUUUGAAAACUCUGGUGGUCAAUAAUAUAGUGAGGAGUACUUUGCCGACCACGCCACCGACGACGCCAAUAUUUCAGCAAAAUUCUCUGAUCAAGACACAGAUUGCCAAUAUCGCAGCGGCG